AUGACAAACGGUUGUGGAACGAGUGCAACGAUAGAAAGUAUUUUUGUCUGACAUGCUGAUAACAAGGAUUCAAUCGCAUCCUCUGUUUCAUACGAAAGGUGUUAGUAAAAGUUUCGAAUACAAUGACAGGGCGAUUACAUGAGGACCUUAACAGGGAAAUCUGUCGUUUGGGUACCUUUACAUCAUCGUGGCCAGUGAGCUUCAUCAACCCUAGUGAGCUGGCCCGGUACGGAUUCUUCUACACCGGCAUCGCCGACAGGGUGAAGUGUUACUUCUGCGAAGUGGAAGUCGGUAUGUGGGAAGAGCAAGAUAACGUUAUCACGGAGCACCUGCGAUGGUCACCCCGUUGUCCACUGUUACGGAAACGUACGACCAACAACGUGCCGAUCAAUCCGAACUUCCUCGAUAACGUACCGGACCCCGAUGGCGACGUUUGUGGUAGUAACAUGCACCGUUUCAACAAUUCUAUGACCUCGGUUCAACACAACAAUUACACGGAGGACAGUCAACGAUCAUUUCAACGGCUGGCGCAUCCUAGUUAUGCGAUCGAAGCCAAUCGGCUGAGCUCGUUCAAAAGUUGGCCAAAAUCGAUACAUCAAAAGCCACAGCAGCUGAGCGAUGCCGGUUUUUUUUACACCGGCUUCGGUGACCGUGUUGAAUGCUUUAGUUGCGGCGGAGGGCUCAAUGAUUGGGAGCCGGAGGAUGAACCGUGGGAGCAGCAUGCAAAACACCACAGCACCUGUGAGUACGUGAAACUGGUCAAGGGCCGUGAUUUUGUGGAAACAUGUAAAAGGAUAGCCAGCAAUACGGAACCAGGCACAUCCAGCCUUAGGUUGCCAACCGAGCCGACGAGCCACUGGACACCUAGUGGGGAUGCUGAAUGCUCACCCACGUUGGAAGGCGACCGGCAGGAUGAUGAAAAAGUGACUAAAGAUGAAAAACUCUGCAAAAUAUGUUUGCUAAACGAGUACAAUACGGUGUUUCUUCCCUGCGGCCAUGUCGUGGCGUGUGGCAAAUGUGCACAAGCAGUUACCGAGUGUCCGCUAUGCAGGGAUCGAUACAUCGACAUACGAAGAGUGUAUCUGGCUUAGGCGAUGGAGUCCAUCAAAAUGUCCAGGGCCUCAAAGAACGAUGAACAAUGCUGAACAUAAAAUGGCAGAACGGAGAAGGACGAUGCUGUGGCAGAAAAACAACGGGAACUUCAUGGUAACGGUGUACUUUUGAAAUGCUUUGUACAUCCACUUCUAGUUCAGUUUAAGAUUUUCACUUUAUUCACAACUUUUACUCACGACAACAGCACUUCUGUUUUACAUAGUAGUUCGUUGAUUGCAGAAUGUUUCCCGAUUGAACGCAGACUGAUCUCGAAGUGAUUGUUGUUAUUAUCUGUAUUAUAGAGAUUUUGAGCUUGAAGCUUCUUUCAUCUCUUGAUCUCGUACUAGUCUUUACAAUCUAGUCAUUACAACGAAACUAGUCAUUAUGUAGCAUAUCUGCUAUACAGUUAAACAAGAGAUGUUUAUUGCAUACCUAGGCAUAGAACCAAACCCAAUUAGCAAAGUAUGUCAAGCCACCGAGAACGCAACUAGAAUGAAUAUAA